GAUGUCUCUUUGAAAAUUGAUAAUAAUAGUGCUCUUCUGCGGAUUGCACAGGUUCUUCGUUGAAAUCAAAUUGAUCUCUGAACGCGCCGUUUUUAUUUUGAAUGUGCGAGACUUCCGGCGUCAUUCGCUUCUAGUUAUUUGACCUGUACAAAAAGAGUCCGUUUUGCUGCUUAGCAAACUGCCAUUUUUAUAUACAUAUUUUAAAUCAUCAUCAUAAUCAUAAACACUCGCCAGAGGGAUUUGAAUGCGACUCUAUCGCCCCCUUGAUGACGGAGAUCGUGACUGUAUUUUUGUUACUGUAUGAAACGGCGCUCAUCAAAUUCCAAAAAAACUAACCGAAAAUAUUUUCAGAUGAGCCAAAUAAUGACUGACACUUCUCUGACAAGAAGAGAGGCAACUAAUCAAGAUAUGGACACUUUGAAAGCACAUGUGGAUCCGUGGAAGGUCUAUAAGGAGGAAACCCCCAGCACUAUUCAAUAUUUUGCUGGCCGGAGUGUGCGUCUGUUGGAGUCGCUGCAGUCGAGUCAUCUGAGGUCCCUGAUGGAGGCGUUCUUCAGGAAGCGUUCAGUGAGAUCCAAACCCAGCAGAAGAGUCCGAGCACAUGACCGAGUCUCAGCUAACUCCAUGAGUUUUGAGGAUUUCUUCUCCUCUCUGAAAGAAGCGACAGGCCAAGACUACCAGAGGAGUGACGUGGAGGAGUUAUUCAAUGAGGCCGGUGCUCUUCCAUUUGUGUUUAUUCACUUCUUUUACUCAUCAGGAGCCGCUGAAGAGACAAACUUCUAUGCUGGUUACAUGUACUCGUUUGGUCCUGUUUUAUGACAGGUGUGUCUUCUUUUGUGCAGAUGGACGUAUCUUGUGACGGUUGUGUAGGAUGGCAAACGUUCCACAACUUCAUACUGCAGCAUUACAAGCAUGUCAAAGACUCGAUGUGGGCCUGUAAAAAUGUCCCCAUCUCACAGCCUUCAAUACAGCACUGUACCUACAACAAGCAAGAGCCAAUCGUGCGAGUCUUGGCUUUGAGUCAGUCUCCACCCAUGCGUUACAUCAGCGUCAGCAAGAGAGGGACUCUCAUCGUGUGGAACAGACAUCUGAACAACAUAAAGCCUCUGGAGAUGUGUGCCGGCCCCUUUAAUAAAAGGCAGUAUCGAAAGGGCUUCCAAGGAUGGACCACCGAUGCUGUCUACUUGGGAAAUGUUCACAAAAUAGCUGUGGCGACCCUGAGCAGGAGCAUCCACUUCUUUGACGUUACCACCACAUGCAGUUUUGAGCAGGUUCACUUGUUCGGACUGAGUCAUAUUGCUACUGCUCUGUGUUAUUGGUAUGACACAGAGGCUCUGGGAGAAAAGUGUGUGCUGAUGUGGGGCGAUGACAGAGGCUCUGUGAAUUUGCUGUGGUUUCUUCAGCCUUUCAAGGGGCUCUUUGAAAUGCCUUUUACCAACCAGACCGGCCCAGUUCAAAUCUUUAUGCCGGAUAUACAUGCACACAGCACUCUGGUCUCCUAUCAGCACAUCCCAAAAAUCCACAAUGAGCCGAUCAACAGAAUCCUGUAUGAGCCGCAUGAUGAGCUCAUUAUUACUUCAUCAGAAAGUCCAGCCAGCUCUGUGGUCAUCAUUGAUGUCAGUCAGAAGAGAGGGGAAUACAUCUGGAGAAUAGAAAAGGGAGUCAAGUGUUUUGACUUCAGCUUCUCUCUGGGGCUGUUGGUGACCGCUGGAGUGGGUUCUGCUGUCAGACUGUGGAACCGUUAUGUGACGUCCCGCCCGACUGCGGUUCUGCGCAGUCACCAGACCACUGUGGUGGAUGUGGUUAUUCACCAAGCACUGGGCAAGAUCUUCAGCUACUCCAAGGACGCUGUGCUGAAAAUAUGGGACAUUCCUUCUCAACAAUGCUUAAAGACAAUUCCCCUGCAGUUCCCUAAUAUCCAUCUAGGCUUCACUCCGGAGCAUGGCAGCUUCCCUCUGCUCCUCAGUCUGACUCCAGAUCCCGUGCUCCUGGUGACCUGCAGAGAGUUUCUGGCCACACUGCAUCUGCACAAGAGCGAAUCCAACAGCAGGUCUGGGAUUUACACCUGUGCCCUCUAUAAUCCCCAUCUUCAGCAGGUGAUCACAGCCUGCGCCGACUCCACAUUGACGGUGUGGGACGUGAAGACAGGCAUUAAGAGGAUGGAGAUCAGGAACGCUCACGGUAAGGAGGAGGUCUCCUGUAUGGCACUAGAUGUGCAUCAGCGCAGACUGAUCUCCGCAGCCACCAAUGGCACUAUCAAGGUGUGGAACUUACUGAAUGGCCUCAAUCUUCAUAAACUAGAAACCGUCUCCAAUGCAGAGGUCACCGGGGUCAUCUGUCACCAUGACAACCAGCUUCUAGCCACAGGCUGGAGUCGACUGAUCGCUCAGUACAGCAUUGCAUUUUCAGAAGACAUCUAUGUAAAUGCAGACCUGUCCUGGAAGUCUGGUCGUCAGCACGGUGAGGAUAUCCUGGCCAUGGAUCACUGUCCAGGUCUAGGACUUCUGGCUACAGGGAGUUAUGAUGGAGAGAUCAUUAUAUGGAGCCUGGCUCUGCAGAAACCCAUCACACGACUGCAGACAAACCAGCAAGAGAAAGCUCAUCUACCUGUUCAUAGACUGCUGUUCUUGCAAAGACGAGCCCAGCAAAGUGUUCUGAGGAGCGGCGCUGUGCUGCUCAGCUCACAGAAUGGAACUGUCUGCUGCUGGAGCAUCUCUGGGCCCAGACACAACCAAGGACAGUUCUAUGCACCUGAUGGAUCUGAUGAGAGUGUGAUGGGUUUAAGCACAGACCAGGAAAACAGUCUACUUGUCACCGGAGACACAGCCGGACUCAUUAAGGUCUGGGACAUCUCACAGUACGCUUUAGCCGCUGCAGAUACACAGUCUGCAGAAGGUCUGCCCUCGCUGUUGCACUCUUGGAGGGGUCAUGAGAUGGCGAUAGUGAGCAGCGAGCUGCUGGCUUACGAGUCUCAACUCUUCGUUCUGAGCAUCUCGGUGGACCGCAGGGCCUGUCUCUGGACCCCUCAGGGAAGUUGUGUGGGCUGUUUUGGACAGGAACAGCAGUGGGAUUUAAACAACCCGGACACUUAUCAAACCAACAGAGAACCUACCUGUCCGAUCAAAGAGGAGGAGAAGAGGACAGAGGACAGCCAAUCACGUGUCAGUGCUGGGAGUUUCAUCUGCUGGGGUGAAAGUUCAGAGGUCACCGGGACAAGCCUUAGUGCGGGCGAUAGUCAGCAAACAGAAUUAGCUCUAGACCUGCAAAGAGGCUUUAUGGCUCUACAGACCCCAGACUCUGACCACAGAAGCUCUUUGGAAAGGUUCCCGCUGCCUAAAUACAGUGAGGUUCUGUCUGGAGAUCAUGUUUUUAGGGAUCUGGAGAUAAAGAUGAAUGCACGGCAACGCAGGCCACGGGAUACCGGCCGAGAAAAGCUCUGUCUCUUCGGGAACGAGUUCAUGCCGCUUCAGGCUCUGGAGCUGCCGGAGAUCAGUGAGCUGAAAGAUGUACCUUUGAAGCCUUGGAGGUUGAAGAUUCGUCAGAUUUCCUCCAGAGGAGCAGAGAUAAGCUCUCGCAUGCUCUCCUCUGAAGCUCCUCUGCACUGUGAAACACUGGAGGACUAGACAGCCGUAUGAUGGAGGACACAGGGUUUAGUAUUUUUUUCUUCAGGUCAGUGACUGUACACUGAUUUACACUGUUUUGCACCAAAAUUCACCUCCUCGGCCUUAACAGUUUAAUAGACAUUGUUUUUGUGCCAUCAUUGUUUAGACACAUCAGUGUUUGUAUUAUUUAUUAUAAUAUUGAGGAAAAUAAUAAUUAAAAAAAAUGUUUUUUGAAAUUUGACUGUGUAUGUAUUUUAGCAAUAAAUAAUUUUUCUUAAUUAAAAAUUAGAUUGUAUAGACAUUCUGUUGAUUUUGUCCUCAAUUAUUAAGCUUAUUGACAACAUUAAAAUAUGUCUUUCUAAAAAAUCCUGGCAAGAAACAAAUUUGUGUAUUAACACCUUGAACAACAUUGAAAAUCACUCAGAAUACCAACCAUAAAGAAACCACCAGCAACAUCACAGCAAUGCCUUAUCAACACCUUAGCAACCAUAUAGA